GCGUCCAAUAGGAUCUCGGGGGCGGGGCCAGGUGGCUGUUAGCCAAUGAGAAGGACCCAGUGGAACCAUGGCGGAGAAGGCAGAUCCCUGCUCCAGCAGCAGCAGCGACUCAGAGCCGGAGGUGGCCGUUAGGAAGCCUCUCCCGAAGCGCAGGCGCCUCUUCAUCAGCGACGUCCCCGCCGUCCCCGUUUACUCCAGCAAGGUUCAAAAGAGUCUCCAGUUCUUCCCUGAGUCUCUGAAACGGUCUCCUGAGCCUGAGGUCCUCAGCACAUCAGAUAAAGAAGAAACAGAGAUUAUUUCAGAGAAUACAAGAUGUCAAACUCAAUCGCCCUCACCUCCUCCACCACCACGGCCAAGAAGAAAGUGUCCUACAGACAAAAUCCUGAAACAGAGGUUUGAGAGUCUGACCUCCUCUCUCUCAGCUGCCAAGAACAGUUUGCAGGAUGUGGGGACAGAAGCAGACAGUGAUGAUGUGAUUCUGAUUGAUGCUACUGAGCCCUCUGAGUCCCAGGAAUUGUUGUUGAAAGUCCGGUGUCGAGCUGAUCUCUACAGAGUCUCAGUCCGUAUGACAGAUCCCCUUCAGAGGGUGGUUGAACACAUGGGACAGACACUGAAGGUUCACCCAAACAGAAUACUUCUCCUGCACCGUGAUCGAGAACUUGCAGCUGAUGCAACUCCUAGUGGACUAGGCCUGGGUGUGGCUGAUAUUGUGGAUUGUAUUGUUGAAACGAAUAGCAGUGAGAACAAUGACUCUGGAAACCUGCAGCUUCGAGUACAAGGGAAUAACAAAAACUCCCGAAUGGAGAUAACUGUCCAGAAGGGGGAGCCAUUGCAAGUGCUCAUGAAUCGCUACCGCCAGGCCCAGGGUCUUGGUAGGCGCAAACUUGUCUUCCAUUUUGAUGGACGGAGAUUGGUAGAAACUUGGACCCCUGAAGAAUUAGGGAUGGAGUCUGGUGAUGUCAUUGAAGUGUGGAGCUAGAAGCCAUCUCUUCAAAGAUGCCACAGUCCCAUGAUUCCUGUAAUUCUGUUUUCUCUUAAUCAGUAAUUCUCUUCCAUUUGUUAUUUGAGGUCCAAAACACACUGCAGAAAUAAUCCAGUUUUGAAACCAUUUUAACUGUCCUGACUCAAUGCUAGGGAAUUCAGGGAACUGUAGUUUUGUGACACAUUGGGUCUUCUCUUUCAGAGAUAAC